AUGGCUCAAGCUGAUGAAAUAUUAGCUUAUAAGAAUCAACUUAAUGAGUUCCUCACUCGGAAAUUCCCUGAUUUAUCACUACUUAUUGGAUUCAAUACACUAUUGCAAUCUAAAUUUCAAUCAUGGAUCAUUGCUGAUUUGAAUGAAUAUUACUCACUCAUGGAGAGAGGUCAACUGGAAACAGUUGAGUUUAACACCAUGAAAUACUUGGAAACUAUUUGGAAUGAAUUUCACUAUCCUACAAUCAAGUUUUUCCAACAUCAACAUCAAGCAUUAUUUCAAGAGAUACAAGAGUCAUUCAAAACUUGUCAAGUAGAAGGAACAGCUAACCAGUUUAAAGUGAAACCAGUAGAAAUGAGAAAGGUGAAUGAUAAUUUCAUCAAGUUUAUUAAACAAGUUUUUGAAUUUUGCGUGAAAUUAUUGAAAUAUUUCACCACUAAAUUCUCGAAUUCGUUCAUUCCUCGUGAAUUCCUUGCCCAUUUUAACUUGUCAGUUUCUGAAAGUGCCGCUAUAUGCAAGGAUAACAACUUCCAAGCAAAUGUGUUGUAUUUAAUUCAUAGAUGUGUCUUGUCCUUGGGAGAUAUUUGCCGCCAUCAAACGUUUGUGGAGUUAACCUAUGUUCAACCUGCUACUUCCAACAAGGAUUUUUUCAAGUUUAGAUCCUUGGCAAACUCAGAUAAAACACAAGCUUUCUUUCCAAAGUACCGUAAAGCAAUUCAGUAUUAUAAAUAUUGUAUCAUGUUAUUACCAGCAUUGAACGAACCUUAUAAUCACAUUGGAAUGAUCCAUAAUCUAGUUGAUGAUAAGUAUCAAGCCAUUUAUUGGUUUCUUAGGUCACAGUUUACGAGAAUCCCCGAGUAUAAAUUAGGAUUAUCCAAUUUAAACAAUGUUCUUAAGAAGCAUUGGUUUAUUACUGCCUUAGUUGAUGUCGUUAAUAAUAACAAGGAACGUCAAUUUAAAAUUGAUGAUUCGUUAAACAUUUACUUGGUUUGCUUAAUGGGAUAUUUUUACUACCCUCAACAAUAUAAGAAUGGGCCUAAUUUAGUCAAAAAAUUAAGCUUUUCUAAAAUUGAAAGUGAAUUUUUCAAAUCUUUAUCCAGCAAUUUUUCAAGUUUGAUUCAAGUUGGAGUACGGGAAGAAAAUUUCAUAUUGACACAAUUAACGGUAUUGUUUUCAUUUACUGAAUUAUGCAAACAGAAAUCAGACGAUGUCGAUGUUCAUGAUAAAGUUGUUCGUUUUACAUUUAGAUAUAUUGAGAAAAUAUUUGAUUGUUUAAAACAGUUGGAUUUUGAAAAAAUCAAACUAACUAAUAUUUGCAUUAUUUUAAGAUUUAUUUUAAAUUGGUUGAAGGAAAACAAGUCAAUGUAUUUAACAUUCGAGUCUAGAAAGCAAUCUGUUUUAGGUAUAUGUAAUAUUCUUAACAGGUUUAUCGAAUACAAUACGGAUAAAGAGCAUAUGAAGCUUAUGCUUACCCAAAGUAACCGCCCUACACGAAGUUAUUACUUUUGGGAAGAUGUUCAUUUCCGAGAUUUUAAAUUGAUAAAGUAUCAAUUCAAGGAUUUCAAGGAUGAUGCAUUAUUUCAAGUAAACAAUAUCAAUUUCUUGAUUGGAGAUUACUCAGAAUUGUUACAUGAUAAGGUUCCAACAUUUUUAUCUGAAGAUAAACAAAAGUUAUUUGCUGGUAAUCCAAAGGAAGUAGAAGGUGAAAUUGAAAAGUAUGAAAAUGGUUUGAGGAUUCAUGCGUUGGUUUCUUUAGGCAAACGAUUAUUGUUUGCUUGUAAACUGUUUGAUGUUAGCUUGGACGAAACCAGUUUAAGAUUCUUGGUUAAAGAAAGUCAAGAGAAGAAGUCCAGAGAAAUGAAAGAAAAGAAGAAGGAAACGAACAAGCAAACUGACGACAAGCCAAAGGACACCUUGAAAGUUCAAGAACAGAAACCAUGUCCUGUUAAAAAACACAAGAAAAGCAGUCAAACUCCAACACCAACUCCAGAGCCUCAAACUCAAACUACUGACGAGCUUCUGGGACCUCCAGUAAAAGUUCCUGUUUCUUUAGAAGAAAUUGAAUCUUUUAUUGCUAAGCACACUCAUGAACUUAAGUCGGGUAUUAGCGCUCAAGAAGGUAAUUCUGAAGAUGCUCAAGAACCAGAGCUUCAAUUACAUAAUAUGGUGGACUCUUUAGUAGAUGAUGAUAGUAAAGAAGUUAUAAACAUAUCUACAGGGACUUUGAAUAGUUCUACACAAAAUAUUUGGAAGCAUGAACCCGCUAAGGAUAUUCAACCAAAAUUUUUUAAUUCAUUAGCCCAACCCAUUGGUACCCAAGUGCAUCAAUAUCCUGCAAACUUUUCUCAAUAUUUGUAUCCUCAAAUGCAGUUCAUGCCAAGUCAGCAAUCAAUACCUCAAUCACAGCUUCAGUUCCCUUACCAUUCUACCCCAAUGGGACAAUUACAGUCUCCAACACCCCCAGUAUUUGCAUCAUACCCUCAAUCGCAACCUACUCCACAACAGCCUCAAGGAUUUCCUCAAGCACAAGCACAACCAAUGUUUGGGACGUUCCCGAUUGGACCCGAAUCUCAAAAGAGUAAAAGCCCCCAAAACAAUGAAACAGGUAAUAUCAACAAUGGUGCAUAUUCGCAGUAUUUCUCUAAUUAA